AUGUGUGGUUACCCUGUGCUGGAGCUGCAGGAGCUGGGGGAGGUGGGUCUGAGGCUGGGGCAGGACAGCUGGCAUGACUGGGCCUGGUGUGGCACAGGCUGGUACUGCUGGUGCCUUUGUGACUGGGGUCUGGCUGGUCUGGUUGGGGUGGUGGCUGGCCUGGUUGGGGUGGUGGUGGGCCUGGUUGGGGUGGGGGCUGGCCUUGUUGGGGUGGUGGUUGGCCUGGUUGGGGUGGGGGCUGGCCUGUUUGGGGUGGUGGCUGGCCUGGUGGCUGACCUGGUUGGGGUGGUGGCUGGCCUGGUGGCUGGCCUGGUUGGGGUGGUGGCUGGCCUGGUGGCUGGCCUGGUUGGGGUGGUGGCUGGCCUGGUUGGGGUUGUGGCUGGCCUGGUGGCUGUCCUGGUUGGGGUGGUGGCUGGCCUGGUUGGGGUGGUGGCUGGCCUGGUUGGGGUGGUGGCUGGUCUGGUUGGGGUGGUGGCUGGCCUGGUUGGGGUGGUGGCUGGCCUGGUUGGGGUGGUGGCUGGUCUUGUUGGGGUGGUGGCUGGCCUGGUUGGGGUGGUGGCUGGUCUGGUUGGGGUGAUGGCUGGCCUGGUUGGGGUGAUGGCUGGCCUGGUUGGGGUGGUGGCAGGCCUGGUUGGGGUGGUGGCUGGCCUGGUUGGGGUGGUGGCUGGCCUGGUUGGGGUGGUGGCUGGCCUGGUGGCUGGUCUGGUUGGGGUGGUGGCUGGCCUGGUUGGGGUGAUGGCUGGCCUGGUUGGGGUGGUGGCUGGCCUGGCUGGGGUAGAGGUCCCCCGUGAGUCCGUUGAGGGCCACUCGUCUCAGAGACUCGGCGAGCUCCUCUGGUCUGGUUUGGGGCAGGUCUUCUCCAACUCCAGCCCUUUCUGGUCGUCUCACAGUCUGCUCCUGGUGCCUCCUGCUGCCUGGGCACCUCCUCCUCAGCUGCACGCCUCCUAUGGACCCUACUCUGUCACACAGCCCCUGUCCUCCCUCCCCCCUCUCUCCCCCCCCUCCCUCUCGGCCUCCCUGCUGUCGGACCAUGUGGAGCGCGAGGAGGACCAGCGAGGCCUGGAACGCUUCAUGGUCCGGGUCCUGUUCCACCAGAGACCGGACUCCAGCGGGACCUGUGUGACUCUGCACGGCUUCAGAGAGACCCGCGAGACCAGGGCCUCCUGCAUCACCCAGCCUCCGUUGGGUUUCUGCGUGGUCACUCUGACGCUGCCCAGUGAUUGGUUCAAGGACGAAACGAUCGACCAAUCACACGAGGGAAGAGCCGAGCUGCGGAGUCCGUCUCAUCGCAGACGGAAGAGACGGAGACAUCGAGUCCAAACCCUCAGGUAA